AAGCAAGCUAAACCAACACCUGAUGAAUGGUCGCCAACAUAUGCUUUACUGAAUACACCGGCUUUUUGCCACAUCACUAUCACGAAUAUUUUCGUUAUAAAAAAGUUAAGAGAGGAGAUUUUGAAAAUUUAACAAUCUCUAAAUUUCACGCCUUGCUCGACAGCAGACUGCAAAGUUGUUUUGACAGCAUGAGGUUAGAUUGUCUUGAUACAGUAAUAACAUUGGAAAAGCAGCAUUUUAUUGACAGCAUUUUAAUUUUAAUAAAUACGUGUAAUCAUCGUAAUUGAUGACUCAAUUCAUCAGUUUUAUGCUAUAUCUCUGCCCAGUUGGCUUUGAUAAAAUAAGCAAGUUUUUCGACAUGUUAACAAUCUAAUAAACGUUAAUUAUUUUUAUCGUUUUAAAAUAAAUACAAAAUGGGACUGGAAUAACUUAAUUAGGUACAACAGCAAUUCCUCUCUUCCGUUUUAAAAACAAUUUUCUAUAUACAUGGAUUGCAGUAUAAUAAACAAAACUUAAGAGUGAUAUGAUUUUACAGUAAUAUACAUGGUUUUAAUGAUAGGUUAUUGCUUACAAGUAUUUAUGAAAUUAAUUUGUUGACAUUUAAAAGUUUUCUGCACCAUAUAGUAGGAGAAUUCAUGAUCAAUCUAUUUGGUUGAUUUAGUUUUGAUUUAUAUAGUAAUGUAAAUUUAUUAAAAUCUGAAAAAAUAAAUCGACAAAAUGGCAGAGAGCAAUAAAAAUAUUAAAAAAUCGUCUCAAAAAAUGGUGCACGAAAUACGAUGUCGUUUAUUUAGUGAUCUUACGAAGGAAGUCGUUAGUGAAGAUAUCUAUAGUACUCUUAAAAAUAAUGAGCAUGCGCAGGAUCUUAAUUGGAUAUUGAUAGAAGCUGUGAAACAAGAAAAGUAUGAUAUAUUGGAAAAAAUAGUUUCAGCUGGAAUAAAACUGACAAGUUAUCCCAAUUUAUACAUCGAAACGGCCAUUCAUUAUGUUAUAUGCUUUCGGCAUAUAAAAUAUCGUGAAAAAUGUACAAGUGGUCUUAAUACUCCUAAUUUUGAUGCUGUUAACUUACUCUUUCAAAUCUAUGGUGAGGCUAAUUUUCAAAAUCAAUUGGGAUUUACGCACUUCCAAGCCGCUUGCUUGUGUGGCAACGUUGAGAUGGUUCAGAAAUUUAUUGAGCAAGGUGUAGAUGUCAAUCUCGUUUAUGCAAAAUUUUGGGCCAAAUAUCCUUUAUUCAUGGCUAUUUGUAGCAAGAAUGAAAAAGUUGUUGAAAUGCUCUUAAAACACGGUGCCAAUCCGAAUGCAUCUGACAAUUUGGGUAGCACAUGUUUGAACAGAGCAAUUAUUCACGGGGACGUAAAAAUAGUUGAGAUUCUUUUGAAGAACGGAGCCGAUCCGAACAUACUUGAUGAAAAUGGCAGAGCAUCUUUGCAUGAAGCUAGUCAAGGUAGAAGUGCAGAAAUCUUUGAAAUGAUGUUGAAAGAGAGAGCAAAUCCAAAUAUAUUCGACGAGUCAGGCAAAACUCCUCUACAUUACCUGUUGUCACAUGAUUCAUUUACUCCAGAAGUCUUAAAAAGAGUUGAAAUACUUUUGGAAAAUGGCGCUGAUGCGAACAUUUUUUGGAAGAAUAGGAUGUCGUCAUUGGAGAAUUGGCAUUUCAAUUUCGAUUCAACUUUAGUAAAAAUUUUAAUUUUACUUUUUAAACACGGUGCCACUUUGGACAGAAGCGAAGAAUAUUAUCUAUCUUAUAUAAUUGAUUGGACAGAAAAUGAGAAAUGUCUUGAAUUAUUAGAAUUAUUUCUCCAGAAAGGUGCGAAUCCAAAUGCUCGAGACUUGAUGAUAGGUGAUACAUUACUUAAUCGUGCUAUAUCAAGGUAUCGCUAUGGACCCAUCAGAGUACUUUUAGAUUAUGGUGCCGAUCCUAACAUCGUUGAUAUAAACGGUAAGACUCCUUUAUUCAGAGCUGUUGAAAAUGGAAAUUUUCAAUUAGUUCGCUUACUUACAGUCAAGGGUGCCGAUCCAAACAAAUUUAGUGGAAUUUGUGAAACACCUUUGCAUAAAGCUAUUGUCUUAGAACACUUGGAGUGUGUUGCGUUACUUUUACUCGAUGGUGCUGAUCAGAACGUUCAAAGAUAUGAUGGAAAAUCAUCUUUGGAAAUAGCUCUUGAUAACUACAAUGUGGAAAUCAUCGUAGUACUACUAGAAUUCCUGUUAGAAAGUAUAGUUGAUAAUCGUUCUGAAACUUUUAAAAUAAUCUUAAAAAAAGUAAUUGGUUCAAACUUAACUUGCAGUCGUGAUAAAUUAUUAUUGCACUUCGUUGUAAGGAGACAAAAAGAAAAAAUAAUGAGAACACUUCUUGAAUGCGGUGCUGACCCAAACGCAAUCGAUGAUGAUGGCAAAACUGCUUUGCAUUAUGCUGUCUAUCAAUCUGACGAAGAAAUUAUUGAAGUACUAGUAAAAUAUUGUAAUCCAAAUAUACUUGACAUAGACGGCUAUGCCCCUCUCCACCUGGCGGUUGAUCAAGGUCACGUAGAAGCAAUUGAAGCAUUUUUGAAGAGCGGAGUUAAUCCAGAUGUUCUUGAUGGAAAUGGCAGAACUUGUUUGCAUACAAUCUGUGAGAAUGGAUUGUAUUCCAGUACUUACGAUGAUUAUUAUAAGGAUCUAUUGGAAUUGAUCCAACUUUUUGUCAAAUAUAACUGCAAUGUCAACGUGAAAGAUAAAAAGGGUAACACGCCACUGUUCACAUUAUUCAGUACUUACGAUGUGAUGGAAUAUAAUACAGAAAUGCGAGGAUAUCAAAGAGAUGCAAUACAAAUUUUGUUGAAACAUGCAAAUAUUUCGGAAGUCAACUUUAAUCGACAAUCAAUAUUACAUUUGGUAAUUGAUUCUUGCUUAUGUGUACCUCUUAGUGAUGCUUCGGUGGAUGUCAAAGAUGAAAUUGGUAUUGAAAUGGUUGAAAUUCUUUUAAAAAGUGGAGCCAACGUAGAUGCUGAAGAUAUAUGGGGCCAGUCGCCAUUAUUCAUUGCUGUAACUCAUUUAAAUUACGAUGUGGUUAAAUUACUCCUGAAGUAUGGCGUGAGCGUGUCGAAUAUUCGCUUGAAUAAGGAAGACUUUAAAGAUGUUAAAAAAUUACUACCGCGAGCAGAGAUCUCACUGUAUUUUUUGAAAAUUAUGGACAUUUUCGAAAAAGAAGGCUAUAAAAAUAAUCUACAUAAUGUGGAAAUGGUUAGAUAUUUGAUUCAGUAGACUUGUUAAACUCGUAGUUCUUUAAACUAUGAACCCAUGUUUUUUAAAUGUUUUUUAAAGAUGUAUCAAUAAAUUAUAUACAAUUAAACAUACAAAAACUGUUGUAAUGAGUAUACACACUCAAUAACGCCUUACCUAAUGCCUCACAAUCGUUGCAGUUUAAUA